ACCAAAAAUAAAUAAAACUACGCUUUAGUUCGAAUGGUCUCAGUAAAUAUUUAAGUUAAUAGAUCCUGUGUUUGUUUUAACUUUAUCUCCUCAUAAAUAUGUAUGUAUCAGACUCCAGCAUCUUUCCUCAAGCAGGACUCAGAGUACGGAUAACUAGCAUGAGUGGACAGGAUUUCGUAACGGAAUUGAAAACUGAUAUGAAGAUAGAUGAACUAAAGAUAAUUUCAUUAAACUAUUUUUCUAGUCCUGCAGAAAGUAUGAAGAAAUCCCUUUAUCAUCGAAUUGUAUCAGUGCGUACAGGAAAAGUCUUAUCAGAGGAAAAAACUGUUUUUGAAGAAGGAAUACAAAAUAACGAUGAACUUUUGUUACUGAAGAAAAGAAUGCCUGCCAUGAACUUUGACACAAAAGAUCGCACAUCAAAUCAGAAGGAUGACUCAAAAAAGGUUCCCACCGAAGACAUCAUCACCAAACUCACAUCAACACUGCCAAAGGCUCAGACAGCCAAAACGGUCGAGCAGUCCUCAAUUACUGUCGAUUUCCAGACAGAGCUUAGAAAAAUAUUGAUAUCUUUGAUAGAGGCUUCACAGAAAAUCUUAGGUCUAAAUCCAGAAGCCUCCAAAAUAUUCAAUCAAGCUGAAGAAAUGUUGAAAGAGCCAGUUCCAGAACAAGAGAUAGACACCACGGCACUGAAACAACUGUGUGACAUGGGAUUCCCUGAAAACAGAGCCAGAAAAGCACUACUUCUCAAUGACAUGUCAGUGAUGUCCUCUAUGGAGUGGCUGAUCCAGCAUGAAGCUGAUACAGAUAUUGAUGAACCUCUCCCUGGGACCUCCAUUACCAAGGAGGAAGGUGCUGUUGGUGGGAAGGAGGAAAAAACUUCAAUGAAUACAACUAAUGGGCAUCAAACUACGAAGUUAAACAUUUUACAGUCCCUCAGAGAAUACCGCAGGCGGGAAUUCAAGCCAAAUCAUAAGAUGCUGCAAAACCUGGUUGAAAUGGGGUUUGAAGAAAAAGAUGUUUUAGAUGCAUUGCGUAUCAGCAGAAACAAUCAAAAUGAUGCAUGUGAUUGGUUGUUGGGUGACAGAAAAACACAACCUCAGGACCUAGACGAUGGACUGGAUACAAAUGGUGCUGUUUAUAAAGCCAUCAUGGCAAACCCACAGGUGCAAUUAGGUCUCAACAACCCAAGAUGUUUAUUAGCAUUCUUACAGAUGCUUGACAGUCCGCUUGCUGCACAGCAGUGGUUGUCGGACCCAGACACUGGCCCACUUUUAGUGCAGGUGUCCAGAAUUUAUCAUGCAGAAAAGCAUGCAGAGAUGUAACUGAAAGUUCAUUUGUGUCGAAUGUGAAAAUGCAACAGUAAAUGUACAGUAUGAUAAUACUCUUCAUCUGUGAUAAUGUUUCUUAAAAAAGAUUGAUUUUAACUUUGUGCUAUGUGCUAGAUGUUGUGAAUGUUUCUUAACCAUUUCAAUGUGAAAUUUGCUAUGCAGUAUUGCAAUAAAUUAUUCAUCCUUA